AUGAGUUGCCACAAUUGCUCUCGGACGGCACUUGGCCUUUUCAUACGGUCCCUCACAAACAUCCAACCAGCUUUCGCUGCCUGUCGCCCUCUCAUACACCCACAAUCGUUGCGGUUUCUCUCCGAUGCGCGCCGACCCCGUAGAGUAGAUCAGUCCGCCUCGAGACCUGAUGGUGUAAAGCCCGACACCGAAAUAGAAGAUGAACUCAGCGGAGAAGGGUUCCCAAGAAAGCGUGAACGUCCAGCAUGGGCAAUACAAAAGGAAGCCUUGAAAGAGAAGCUCGGAGGCGAAGCCUGGAACCCGCGCAAAAAGCUGUCGCCAGACACCAUGGAAGGCAUUCGGCAUCUGAACAGCACACAGCCCGAUAAGUUCACCACUCCAGUCCUGGCCGAGCAUUUCAAAGUCUCACCAGAAGCGAUUCGCCGCAUAUUGAAGAGCAACUGGAAACCGUCCGACAAAGAGUACGAAGAAAGGAUGGAGAGGUGGAAUAAGCGAGGCGAGAGGAUAUGGUCGAAUCUAGUUGAGAUGGGCGUUAAACCUCCGAAGCGGUGGAGAGACAUGGGCGUAGGUCGCGCUCGAAAUGGUGAUGUACCAAGAUGGAAGUCAAGAGAACGGAACUUGGUUGAUGUCAAGGACAGUGCCAGUAGCGACUUUACCGAAUAUAUCCCUGACGAGGACAUCAUACCGACUGUGGGUAAGGAGAGCAAGUCAAAGCCGACCACAAGUAGUAUACCGCUGUCGGAACGGCUAUGA